AUGCCUUGCCCUCCAAGAUCGGAUGAGUUGGUUUUCUUUGUGAACGGGAGGAAGGUGAUAGAGAGGAAUGCAGACCCAGAAGUCACACUGCUGACCUUCCUGCGAACAAACUGGACCCUUUGAUCAAUGCGCCUCACAGGAACCAAGUAUGCCUGCGGAAUAGGAGGCUGCGGUGCCUGCACAGUCAUGGUGUCUGAGUGUGACCCUGUGUCCAAGAAGAUAAGACACCUCUCUGUCACCGCGUGCCUGGUGCCCAUCUGCUCUCUGUAUGGAGCUGCUGUCACCACUGUGGAAGGUGUUGGAAGCAUCAAUACCAGACUUCAUCCUGUGCAGGAAAGGAUCGCCAAGAGCCACGGCACCCAGUGUGGAUUCUGCACCCCUGGGAUGGUCAUGUCCAUGUACACAUUAAUCAGGAAUCAUCCGCAGCCCUCAGAGGAACAGCUCAUGGAAGCCUUGGGCGGCAACCUCUGCCGCUGCACUGGGUAUCGGCCAAUUCUGGAGAGUGGGAGGACCUUCUGUGCGGAGUUAAAUGGCUGUUCACAGAAAGGAACAGGAAGAUGCUGCUUGGAUCAGGGAGAAAAUGACUCUUCCUCACCUGGCAGGAAAAGUGACAAUAUUAGCACGGAGUUAUUUGCGAAAGAGGAGUUUCAGCCCUUGGACCCUACCCAGGAGCUCAUAUUUCCCCCAGAACUCUUGAGAAUGGCAGAAAACCCAGUAAAACAAACUCUGACAUUUUAUGGAGAGAGGGUUACCUGGAUCUCCCCUGGCACCCUCAAGGAGCUCCUGGAGCUGAAAGUGAAGCACCCUGAAGCUCCUCUCAUCCUGGGCAACACCUCCUUGGGGCCUGCAAUGAAAUCUCAAGGGGAUUUCCAUUCAGUUGUCCUCUCUCCUGCUAGGAUUUCUGAGCUGAGUGUGGUGUCUAAAAAAAGUGAUGGGCUGACCAUAGGUGCCGGCUGUAGCCUGGCCCAGAUGAAGGACAUCUUGGCUGAGACGAUUUCCGAGCUCCCAGAUGAGAAAACUCAGACAUACCGAGCUCUCCUGAAACACCUCAAGUGUCUGGCGGGCCAACAGAUCCGGAACAUGGCAUCCUUAGGGGGACAUAUUAUAAGCCGCCAUUACUACUCAGAUCUGAAUCCAAUUCUGGCUGUGGGCAACACUACCCUCAAACUGGUAUCAGAAGAAGGUACAAGGCAGAUUCCUCUCAACGAACAUUUUCUUGCUGGGUUGGCAACUGCAGACCUUAAGCCAGAGGAAAUUCUAGAAUCUGUGUUUAUCCCUCACUCUCAAAAGGGGGAGUUUGUGGCAGCCUUCCGACAGGCUUACUGCCAGCAAAAUGCCUUGGCUGACGUGAAUGCUGGCAUGCGAGUCCUUUUCAAAGAAGGCACAGACACCAUUGAGGACCUGAGCAUCGCUUACGGAGGGGUGGGGGCUGCCACCCUCAGUGCACAGAAAUCCUGCCAGCAGCUCAUUGGAAGGCGCUGGAAUGAAAUCAUGCUGGAUGAGGCUUGCAGGCUGCUUUUGGACGAAAUCUCCCUCCCAGGCUGGGCUCCUGGGGGAAAGGUGGAAUUCAAGCGGACUUUGGUGAUCAGUUUCCUCUUUAAAUUCUACCUAGAAGUUCUGCAAGAGCUGAAGAGGCUAGCCAAGCUGUUCUGUGAAAGUGGCCGUUACCCUGAAAUCUCAGACCGGUUCCUAAGUGCUGUAGAAGAUUUCCCAGUCACAUUACCCCAAGGAGUCUGCAGGUACCAGAGUGUGGAUUCUCAACAACCCCUCCAAGAUCCAGUCGGACGCCCCCUCAUGCACCUGUCAGGUCUCAAACAUGCCACGGGGGAAGCCACAUUUUGUGACGACAUCCCCAUGGUGGAUAAAGAACUUUUCAUGGCUUUGGUGACCAGUACCCGAGCCCAUGCAAAAAUCACAUCAAUAGAUUUUUCUGAAGCCCUUGAGCUACCCGGGGUGGUUGAUGUGAUAACGGCGGAUGAUAUUCCAGGCACCAACGGUGUGGAAGAUGAUAGAUUAUUGGCUGUAAAUCAGGUAUUUUGCGUGGGUCAGAUCAUCUGUGCUGUGGUUGCAGAGACAGCUGUACAAGCAAAGCGAGCAAUUAAAAAGAUAAAGAUUGUCUAUGAAGAUCUUGAGCCCGUCAUCUUGACCAUCGAGGAUGCCAUUAAACACAACUCAUUCUUCUGCCCUGUAAAGAAACUUGAACAAGGAAACAUUGAGGAAGCAUUUGAAAAUGUCGAUCAAAUUGUUGAAGGAGAGGUCCAUGUUGGAGGACAGGAACAUUUUUACAUGGAAACACAGAGGGUGCUUGUUAUUCCAAAGACAGAGGACAAAGAGCUGGACAUUUAUGUGUCAACACAGGAUGCAGCCCUCGUGCAGAAAGCAGUGUCCUCUACUUUGGAUAUCCCCAGCAACAGGAUUAUUUGUCAUGUAAAGCGAGUGGGUGGUGCUUUUGGCGGGAAGAUAAUAAAACCUGCUGCAUUCGGAGCUAUUGCAGCCCUGGGUGCUAUCAAAACUGGACGCCCCAUUCGUCUUGUUCUUGAUCGUGAAGAUGACAUGUUAAUAACUGGGGGAAGACACCCAUUAUUUGGAAAAUAUAAAGUAGGAUUCAUGAACAGUGGGAGGAUCAAAGCACUGGACAUCGAGUGUUUCGUUAACGGAGGGUGCACGCUGGAUGAAUCAGAGCUGUUAAUAGAAUUUCUUACACUAAAGCUGGAAAAUGCAUAUAAAAUCCGCAACCUCAGGUUCCGGGGCCACGCGUGCAAGACAAAUUUGCCAUCCAAUACAGCUUUUCGUGGAUUCGGCUUUCCGCAAGGAACCCUGGUGACAGAAUCUUGCAUCACAGCCGUGGCGGCCAAAUGUGGCCUUCUGCCAGAAAAGGUUCGGGAGAAAAACAUGUACAAAACUGUGGAUAAAACCAUCUACAAACAAGCAUUCAACCCUGAGAACCUGAUAAGGUGUUGGAACGAAUGCCUGGAAAAGUCUUCCUUCCACAGCAGAAGAGUAGAGGUGGAGGAAUUCAACAAGAAGAACUACUGGAAGAAGAAAGGCAUUGCUAUAGUCCCCAUGAAGUUUUCCGUCGGCUUUGGCACAACAAGUUAUCAUCAGGCAGCUGCACUGGUUCACAUCUACACAGACGGGUCUGUAUUGGUCACACAUGGAGGCAAGGAACUGGGACAAGGUAUUCACACCAAAAUGCUACAGGUGGCCAGCCGUGAAUUAAAGAUACCCAUCUCUCAAAUGCACAUCUGUGAAACAAGCACAGCCACGGUACCAAACACAAUUACUACUGCAGCAUCUGUCGGUGCAGAUGUCAAUGGCAAAGCAGUGCAGAAUGCCUGUCAGAUCCUUCUGAAACGCCUUGAACCUGUCAUUAAGAAAAAUCCAGAAGGUACCUGGGAAGACUGGAUACAAGCUGCUUUUGAACAAAGAAUCAGUCUUUCAGCCACUGGAUACUUCAGGGGCUACAAGGCUUUCAUGGACUGGAAGAAGGGAGAGGGAGACCCAUUUCCAUACUAUGUUUAUGGAGCUGCCUGUUCUGAGGUUGAAAUUGACUGUCUGACAGGAGCUCACAGGAAAAUCAGAACGGACAUUGUCAUGGACGCUGGUUAUAGCCUAAAUCCAGCCAUUGAUAUUGGGCAGAUUGAAGGUGCAUUUAUUCAGGGGAUGGGCCUUUAUACCACUGAAGAGCUGAACUAUUCCCCGGAAGGUGUCCUGUAUACUCGAGGCCCGGAUGAGUACAAAAUCCCCACCAUCACUGACGUCCCAGAGGAGUUCAACAUCUCCUUGUUGCCGUCAUCAACAACCCCACUCACCAUCUAUUCAUCCAAGGGGCCUGGGGAGUCCGGGAUGUUCCUGGGGUCAUCUGUGUUCUUUGCCAUCGUUGAUGCUGUGGCCAUGGCACGCAGAGAAAGAGAUGUGGCUGGGGACUUCAUAGUGAAGAGCCCUGCCACGCCAGAGUGGGUUAGAAUGGCCUGUGCAGAUCGGUUCACAGAGAUGAUCCCAAGAGAUGACCCUAAGACAUUUAAACCUUGGUCUAUCCCUAUAGCUUAACAUGCUCUCAUUCCCUAACAGGUUUUAACAAGUGAAAAGAUGGCUUUUUAAUCCUAACUGCACCCCAAACUGAUACUCCUAUACUGUUGUGAACAAAAUGACAAAAUUUAGAAACAUUAUUCAAAUCUGAUUACAUCAAGAAGAGGAAUGAAUGAAUCAUUAUUUACUUAGACUAUCCAGCCUAGAGGCCACCAAACA